CCCAUUCUCCUCUCAAGCCAUCUCUCUGCACUCAAAUCCAAUUACAAUGGCCGCCACAGCAGCUGCAAUGGCUCUCUCCUCCCCUUCCCUCGCCGGUAAGGCUGUCAAGCUCUCCCCUUCCACCGCCUCCAUCUUCGGCGAAGGCCGCGUCACCAUGCGCAAAACUGUCGGCAAGGCCACCUCGGGAAGCCCAUGGUACGGGCCCGACAGAGUCAAGUACCUCGGCCCAUUCUCCGGCGAGCCCCCCUCCUAUCUCACCGGCGAAUUCCCCGGUGACUAUGGGUGGGACACUGCUGGGCUCUCGGCAGACCCAGAGACCUUCGCUAAGAACCGUGAGCUCGAGGUGAUCCACUCCCGAUGGGCCAUGUUAGGCGCAUUGGGCUGCGUUUUCCCGGAGCUUUUGGCCCGCAACGGUGUUAAAUUCGGCGAAGCCGUCUGGUUUAAGGCCGGCGCGCAGAUCUUCAGUGAAGGUGGGCUGGACUAUUUGGGCAACCCAAGCCUUAUCCACGCACAGAGCAUCCUCGCCAUAUGGGCCGUACAAGUCAUCCUCAUGGGAGCCGUAGAAGGCUACCGGGUUGCCGGCGGCCCUCUCGGUGAUGUCACUGACCCGUUAUACCCGGGCGGCAGUUUCGACCCGCUGGGCCUGGCUGAAGAUCCAGAGGCCUUUGCAGAGCUGAAGGUGAAGGAGCUGAAGAAUGGAAGGCUCGCCAUGUUCUCCAUGUUUGGGUUCUUCGUGCAAGCUAUAGUUACAGGUAAGGGCCCAAUUGAGAACCUUGCAGACCAUCUCGCAGAUCCGGUGAACAAUAAUGCCUGGGCUUAUGCGACCAACUUUGUUCCUGGAAAGUGAGGGGAAGUGUAGCAGGUGUGGACUGUGUUUUAUUUUUUUGCUUUUGUUGGUUUGGAGAAGUUGGUGAAGGAUUUGUGGAGUUGUUUGGGGAUGGAGGUAAUGAAAUUACUAAUGUCCGUUGCUGAAUCAUUUUAUUUCUUGAAUUGGUAAUUUGGUAUGUAUAUAUAUGAGUGGUGUUCUGUUCA